AUGGCACUGGGUCAUGCAGAGGGGGAAGGGCAAGAGGAGAAGAACAUCUACAGCAGCAGCAGCAGCAGCAGUGAUGAGGAUGGCUCUGGUUCUGAUAGCUCCGAUGACGAUGAUGACUCUUCUUCAAGCGGAUCGAGCUCCUCAAGGUCUUCGUCGUCUGGUAGCGGCAGCGACGAUGACGACGACAGGGAGGAGGGGUCUGAGGACGAGAACUUCGAAGUGGGCUUCUGGGAUUCACUCAAGGCGGUGCUACCGUGGACAGAAGCUGGCGCGAAGGCCGACUACGCAGAAGAGCGUCUGGAUGCUCAUCACGAGUUUCAGGAGGAGCUGGACGAAGCUCUCCGGAUCCGGAAAAUGGUCGAAACUGGCCUGCACGACAUGGCCUUGGACCGGCUCAUGGCGAGCACAGAGGGUCAAAUGUACCACCACUUCCACAAGCACCGCUACCAGCUGGAGCAGACCGGGGAGUGGACCUUCGUUCCCCCUUCGGUGAAGCGACGAUGGAGACAUGCCGUCAAGAAAACUGACAAGGUGGAGAAGCUGCGAGCGUACAUGGCCAUGCGAAGGGACAGAUUUCUGCGAAUAAGGGGUCUCUGCAGGCAGGUUAGGAACGCUCGUCUGAAGAGCAGCGAUCUCUUGGUGACGGUAGAGCCGGAGAGUCUCAUCGACGAAAACCUUCUCCAGGUCGCCGGCGGGGGCAAGAAAAGCAAACCUGCCAACCCUUUCGGCGGGGCCCGCCUGAAGAAGUGCCAUUGGCAGAACGUCAACUCGAAGGGGGAGCAGUGCUUCUGUACCAACAAUCGCAUGGUACACCCGCACCGGCUCUUCAAAGACGAGUUUGGCGUACUGAUCCACGACACCCUGGCCACCUGCGGCUGGCACGCGACUCGCUGCGUGUCCAACUCACACGGAGAUGAUCCGGUGGUAAUCUCCACCGCGAACGAGGGCGCCUUGUGCAACGAAUGUUUGGUCCAGCUUACGAAAGGGCCUAUCCGCAACACGACGGCUUUCGGCGCACCAGGGGUUCGCUUCAAGAACAAGCGUUUGGGGAGCGCUGACACGGACCCUGGGACGGGCGGGGAGGAGUUCUUGCUGCAAAAGGAGAAAAACGGAGAGCGGGCGGCGAGAGCUGUGCAGAGAACCUAUCGUGGCUACCGCGCAAGGCACCUGAGGGCCAUGGUGGCCCUGGAGCACCCCUUGAGGGCUCUGCUUCGCGUCGAGUCGGCGAUCGUGAUGCAGUCCCUGGUCCGCCGGUUCCUUGCGAGAACUCUCGUGCGACAGAUCUCGGCCUUCCGUAACAUGAACGCCACGGCGAUCCAAAAAAUGGCCCGAGGCAUGCAGGCUAGAGCCCUCUUCCGGAGAAAGCGAGCACGGAAAAUGGUGCAGCGGCAGAUGCUCUUCCUCCUCGCCAGAGCUCACGUCGCCUCCGCCAAGGUGGCCAGGAGGAUCCGCGAAGAAAUGCGCAAGAAGAACGCUGUCGCGCUCAGUUUUCAGCGAGCUUGGAGGGGGAAGAAAGGGAGGGAGAAGGCGGCGAUGUUACGGGCGAUAACCGUGAGAAGGCACGGAGCGGCGAUCACGACUCAGAAAUUUUGGCGGUGUUAUGUGGCGAGGCAAGAGCUUGGGACGCGGCGAGUGGCCCACCGGCGGGAGGUUUGGGCGGCGGUCGCGAUGCAGAGCACCAUAAGAAUGUUCGCCGAUAGGCGCCGCACCCAGAAGAUGCGGCGAGAAUUCGAUGGUGCCGUUCGAACUCUUCAGCCACUUGUCCGGGGGCUGCUGGCCAGGGUAACGGCCCGUCGGGAAAGAGCGCUGCUAGGCCAGGUCUGGGGGUGGCUCGGAACGGACACCGUAACGGCCAACGGUAUCUACGCCCGGUUCUUGCCCAAGAACAAGUACCUCGUUUCCAGAGAAAGCGCACCUUUACAACAGUUCUCUGCGUCCCAGUCCGCCAGCGGGAACGUCGAUGCGGGGAAUUAUGACGAGUUACAGAAGGGACUCGGGUCCACCUCUUCUCUGGUCCGAUCGACCCUGGAAGCACUCCCCGGGGAGAGACACUUCACGGAAAAGUUUGACAGGGACAGGACAGGCACCUGCUCCAAGGUCGAGUUCAAGAUCGGUCUCGAGAGCUUCCUCCGCGAAGCGGGCUAUCCGCUCCAGAAAGAAGAGGCAGCCUUGAUCGUGAAGCGUUACUUCGACGGAGACGGCUUUUGCGCCUGGCACUCGUUCCUGAACUCGUACCACAACGCGGGCUCCAAGUCGAGCGCCUGCGCCCGACAUGGCCGCCUCCUGUGCACGCUGUGCAUCCGGACGAAGCAACUCGGCUUUAAGAUGUGCGAAUGUGGGCACGUGUUCGACGCCCAUGAGCUGGUGGUGGGUGGAUCUGGGCCUGCAAAAGGGGAAACCGUUCGGAAGCAGGACCAGCGUGGUCGGGUGGUUCCGCAGAAGCAGCUCAGUGCUUUGCUGUCGAAAGGCCUGUCCAAGACCGUCGUCGACCGGCCAAUCAACGUCGAGGGCUGCUCCGCAGCGUCAAACCUCCGCCGGGCUCAAUACACCAAUAACUCCCCAUCUCAAGCGGCCCUCAUCUCCGCUCAACGUCCCAACGGCUUCCGCGUUACCGGCGCGCGCGGGGGAACCAAAACGCCUCCACAUGCGACAACGUCCAGUCGCGCCCGACGGCGGUGGCGACGACAGAAGCCGGGCAGGGGAUCAAGAAGCAUCACCGAAGAAGCAAGUCAACCGGGUGGUAUAACAGCGCUUUCUCUGGCAGAGCUUUCCCCUCCAUUCUUUGGGCGUCGUACAUCAGCCGAUGGUGCUGAUGGUUCUGGUGCUGCUGCGCUGUCACCGACUGCCACUGGGGAUGUUGCGGGCUUCCCAAAGGAAAAUUUGGACAUGGUUCGUCCCGCAAACCAGGGUGCUACGUCUCCGAACAAGAGAAAAAUCACCUACAUACCAUCGUUUCAAGAGGCGAGGAGCCAAGAGAAGGAGCGUCGUGACGCCUCGUGCGCGGGGAGGCGGGGGCAAGCGGAGAGAGCCGCGCUCGCCGAGAUGAACAGCGCUGUCCAGGGAAAGAACGCCGCAGAUUACGCCGCCAAAUUGCAAGAUGACAUCGCGACAAACACCUCGAGGGUGGAUGGCCGGCUGUGCCUCGCUCCCGUCAUGAGCAAGAAGGAGCUACGGCAUGCCGUGUUUUUGGAGAGGCAUUGGUGCAAGCUCAUCAAGGACAUCAGGAACGGGGCGACAGACCCCCACCUCCCCAUCUCGGAGGCGGAAAGGAUGAGAGUCGAGGGCCUAAUGAUUCCGAACAAGAAGCGGGCGCAACGGCUCGACGACCGCCUUCGAGCUCUAGGCUUCCAUGCCCGAGCCUCCGGCAUCUACAAAACAGCCGCGUCUGCUUCUGCCACUGGUACUACUGCUUCUGGUUCUGCAACUGCAAAACGACGCGCGCCGGGACAAUCGUCAAGGAACGGUGGAGGAGGAGGAGGAGAAAGGAAAGAUACUAGUAGCUCCGCGGGGAGCAGGCCACAUACUCAGGAGGAGAAGCAGGAGUCCAUGGCGAAGAUGGUGGAAGCCUGCAGGAAGCGGAGGCCCGGGACCGCGGAGAGUGAAGCUGGCGGCACCCCCGAACAAAGUGUUCGGAGAAAGCGACGGACAGUGACAGGUGGAGAGAUGGAGUCUGCAGUUCGUCUUUUGAAGUCUAGGGGGGAGUCUAGAGCGAGGAGUCCAAGCACCGGGGCUUGGCAGGCGGUUCCUACGGUAGAGCAAGCCUCAAAAACGGCCUACGGGCUCCUCACGGCCGCCUCGGCCAACGCCGCCGGAGUCGUCCAAGCGCCUUCGGGCCGCGGGUUCCGCAAGCACGUGUGCCUGCAUCCCGGCUGCGGGAAGGUUUUCCAUCUGAAGGCAUCGGCGGACAGACACCAGGAGAAGGAGCACCGCUUCCGAAUGAGACUCGCGGCACCAACGCCUCUCACCGACCAGUUCAUGCUCCCAUCAUGGCCUUCGGAUGGCGUACCGUGGUCGUCAGGCCUGCCGGCGCCAGGCAGAGGAAAAAAACACACCUCCGUGAGCAAAGGGACGGUUACAGCUUGCAGGGGCCCAGCCGGAAGAACGCCAACCAAGACCGCCAAAACCGUCGGCGCCGGCGGGAGCGCCGGCGACACCGUCCUCGAUCGCGGCGAUGCUAGCCUUCACGCCCGGUUCGCGUGCGGGGUCCCCGGGUGCAGCCACCGGUUCCCGGAGGCUCGCCUACUAGGGCUCCACCUCCGCAUGGGUCACAACGAGUUCGAUUUGGAGAAGAUGAAAGCGAGGAGGGAUGGGACGGUGCCUACCCAGACCCUCGACGGCGUUACCGUCACGGCUGCGAUCGACGUCGGCGGCCAUGUCAGGGCCAGCUUCCUCGGCGCCUACCGCCUGGUUCCGCCAUUCCAGUCUCCCACCGGGUGCCCGGACAUCCCAGCGUGCGGUUUGCACGGCAGGCCCAAGCACGGGUGCCAGCGUUGUGCCGAUAUUGCGAGACAGUCGGCCGCGGUGGGGGCUGAUGACGGAGGCGAGCCGGAAGACGGCAGGCCGCCGAUGGGGUGGCCGCUUCCCCCGGCGAAGUUUUACACGCGAGCGAUGGUUGUGGUGAAUCACCACGGAAGGCCAAUAAACCUCGAUCUCGAUUGUGCAGAGGAACUGCGGUGCCCCCUCCUCCGCUUUCCUCUCCGCUCUUGCAACCCUUCAACUGGUCCAUCUGUUGAGCACCGUCGGGCCGACAAUGCCACCGACGAUAAAGCGGGUGGGGAUGCGUUGCCCGAUGUGGACUCCGUGCUGCCUGGCUUUGGUGAUGGGCUGCAAGGGGGUCAAGAAGCGUCGAGAAACUUGACGGCGUCUUCAGGGGGAAGCAGGAAGGAUCUGACCGAUGAUGGACAAGGCGCCAGCGCUCCGAAAAACGACACCGAUGGUGGAAGCGGCAGCUUUCCUGCGAGGAGCGGACCUAGUAUUGAUGCCUGCAUCGACGACAACGGCAACGACGAUGUUCUCCCUCAACAUUUCCUGACAGGCGGCGGAAUCGAUCCCGCGGGUUUGGGCGAGAACAAUUCCCACCACCAACACGAACCACAACACCAUCAAAACACUCACCAUCAGCGUCACCACCAGCACCAGCACCAGCAUCAUGGGGCGCUGGUUCCAGCGCGGCUGGUUGCGGUGCUCGUGGAUGGCUCAGGAAAGGGGUGGAUGGCGGCGCGACGCCUGUGGUCCGUGCCCGACGUGGGACACCACGCUCUGGCUGAGGCCGGGUUGACGGCCGGGGAUGUCGACCGGGAGCAAGAGUUCUUUGUCGCGACAGAGGUGGAAUAUCUCCCGCUGUCCCUCGUGCGCGACACUUGCACCGUCACGGUUGACCGGAAAAAGGAUGUACAUUCCAAGCAGCGCUCAGGAGUCCUACCCAAGUCAAUGAGGUGA